GCCGGGGAGCCGGGGCGCAGGCGGCGGCGCGGGGGCGGCGCGCAGGGCCCAUGGAGCGGCCGGCGGGCAACGCCAGCUGCCAGAACGGUUCCCUGAUCAGCCUAUACUGCUCCUCUCAACAAGUCCUGUGCCAGAUCGUCAGUGACCUCAGCACCCCAGUGCCCAGCAAUGUCACCUCUCACACCUGGAAGGAGAGGUUCAGGGAGAACUAUAGCUUCUACAUUGGCCUGGGCCUGGCCUUCUUGUCCAGCUUCCUCAUUGGCAGCAGCGUCAUCCUCAAGAAGAAAGGCCUUCAGCGACUGGUGGCCUCCGGGGCCACGCGGGCUGUGGACGGAGGGUAUGGCUACCUGAAGGAUGCAAUGUGGUGGGCUGGAUUCCUCACCAUGGCUGCUGGAGAAGUCGCCAACUUUGGGGCCUAUGCAUUUGCUCCUGCAACAGUCGUCACACCUUUGGGAGCACUGAGUGUCCUCAUAAGUGCCAUCCUGUCCUCCUACUUCCUGGGAGAGAGUCUGAAUCUGCUGGGGAAGCUGGGCUGUGUGAUCUGUGUGGCCGGCAGCACAGUGAUGGUGAUACACGCCCCUGAGGAAGAGAAGGUCGCCACCGUAGUUGAGAUGGCUGCCAAGAUGAAAGACACAGGGUACAUCGUGUUUGCUGUGCUUCUGCUGGUGCUGUGCCUCAUCCUCAUCUUCGUCAUCGCCCCCCGCUAUGGACAAAGGAAUAUCCUCGUUUACAUCAUCAUCUGCUCUGUGAUCGGGGCCUUCUCCGUGUCUGCUGUCAAGGGUCUGGGCAUCACCAUAAAGAACUUCUUCCAGGGGAUGCCAGUUGUGCGGCACCCCCUCCCCUACAUUCUGUCCCUCAUCCUGGCACUUUCUCUCAGCACUCAGGUCAACUUCCUCAACAGGGCGCUAGACAUUUUUAAUACCUCCUUGGUGUUCCCCAUCUACUAUGUCUUUUUCACCACGGUGGUGGUUACCUCCUCCAUCAUCCUCUUCAAGGAAUGGUACAGCAUGUCUGCAGUGGACAUUGUGGGCACCCUCUCUGGCUUUGUCACCAUCAUUCUGGGUGUGUUCAUGCUUCACGCUUUUAAAGACCUGGACAUCAGCCAGACCAGCUUGCCCCACAUGCACAAAAACCCAACCCCAUCUCCCACCCCUGAGCCCACUGUCAUUCGACUAGAAGACAAGAAUGUCCUUGUGGAUAAUAUAGAACUUUCCAGCACCCCAUCACCAGAAGAGAAGCCCAAAGUAUUUAUAAUCCAUUCUUAAGGCUUGGAAUACAUGAGUGAGGAGAUGAGCUCUACGGUACAGCCUGACCUCUCAAGUUCAGAGGCACCUGGUCAUUUUCACCACAACUGUUACCAAUGGGCUCUCUUCUCUUGAGAUGUUCGUUUAUACCUCAUCACUGUUUCCAGAAGGAAAAUCCCUACCCAGUGAGUGGUGGCGGCAGAACUUCAUGGAUACAGCCUCAGUGACCAAAUACCCUACUUUCUGUUGGUGCCAGCAGGUCCCCUGGACCUCCCUUCCCACUUGUUUCCUCAGCGCCAUCUUCGUGUUGUUGAGAAGAAGAGAGAAUUUGACCCGUUGAAUGUAGCAGAGGCCAAGAACUUCCCUGAGAUGCUGGUUGUCAGGAAAUCCCUAGCACUAGUUCUCCUGAGACUGAAUCCCCUUCCUCGGCCCAAGGACGAACUGCAGCUGCUUCCCACUCCCAGAGGCCCAGAGAGCAAUUCAUCAUGCCUCCCCAUCCAGAGCCAACAAUUAAUGUGGGACGUCUUGCUGCUUUUGCCACUUCCUCUUUGGAGACAAAAGCAUGACCUCAGCUGACCUUCUUACUGUGAAAGCCACCUGAUGUCUCAGGGAACAUUUCUACCAGCCCCGUUCCCCGAGCGCUCCAGCCUGGAGGUCACCAUCUUAGUUUCUGUCCACUCCACUCCAUCCCCCACCUCCUUCCGUCUCUCUCUAUAUCCUAAGGAGUCGUCAUUGGGACAUUCAGGCAAUUACCUUAGGACUCAAAACAAAAUGACAAGAACACAACAAAAGAUACUCCACAGCCAUGCUCUGCUGGUCCAACCCAGUGUUUCAUUUCUCUGGAAAGAGAACAGCAUUUUCAGUGCUUUUAAAAGUAGUCUGGCUGUCAAGCUAGCAUUUGGCAGAAUGAACUUUCCUUUUCCUCAAGGAGUAAACCAAAAUAGGAUCUGGGGAGAUGGCGAGAAGGAGGAGCCGAGUCAGGAUUUGGCAGAAUGCAGCCAUAGGCCUCUAGAAACCUGGGGCUGACUCCUGUGUUUACUCUGAUGCCCAACCAAGAACCCGGGUGGAAAGGGCUCUGGGUAGUUUCUGGACUGUAAUGGCCUUAGAGGCUUGAGCAGUAGGAUCAGCUCUGAACUUCAGUGACCAAGUGGGGUGUAAGCUUGGCGUGGGGGGAGUUCUGGCUGUUGAUCAGAUUGCCGCCAAGUCCCCGACACCCUGAGAAACAGCAGGUCGUGACUGCUCCAACACCAUCUGUUUUGGGGACUGUCUUUAGUCUCCUCACAUUGGCCAGAAGCAUUCAAAAAACAAGAGCAGCUGGAGAAAGAUGAUUUCCUUCCUGCCUUCUUUCUGGCUCCAGGAUAUGGGAGUUGGUAGACACACCGUUGGAAGGGAAGGAAGAGAGCCAGUGUAUCUAUAAAGAGGGAAGGCUUGGUCCUCAGCCCCCAAAUGGGUGCAGAGCCUCCCCUUAUAACCCCAAAACUGUGUUCCACGCCCUAAGCACAGCCAAACCUGGGCCAGACUCUUGCUGGCCUUGAUGCUCCAAGGGCCCGUCUGACUGACAGGCUGGCUUCUUGCACCUCCAGCCUCAAAUCCCUGGCUUUUAAUGAAUGUGUAUUUCUGUCUGUAACUAAAAUCAAUGCAAUAUGUUGGAUCUUGAGAAUGGCAGUAAUCUAAGGGCCCUGAGAGUGUGGGCUGCAGGGUCAAGAAUAAAGACCUCUGACCAUGUUUACUUGA